ACCUACUGUGUGUAUUCUUCUAGCCUAGGCCAGGCUACUUCUAAAUACUUCAGUGUAGUGUGCGCGCGUCUGUGAACACUCCCCGUCACCGCCCAUGAUAAUAAUGCAAGCAAAUUCAACCUUUGUUUACGGCUGGUAGUUUAAUGACUAGACGGAAGUGUAACUCUCAUGAGAGAGUAGCCAGUCAGGUUGUUGGAGGUUAUAUUGCUAUAUGAUUUUGUGUGACACUUUAUUACUCCAACGUCAACCCUUUGCAUUCGAAAUACAGGCAACCUUGAGCGACCAAACGGCUGAGUAAGUUUUUCACAUAUUUGGCAAAGUGUCGCUAAGCGUGCUUCAAAGGUAUUGCUGUCUUCGCGACGUUGACGUCCAUGCACGACAUUGCCAUACACCACACGUCUAAAUGAAGGCUGGUUUAACCAUGCUUAACCAAAAAGCAGUGAAGGUGUUUGCUCUUUGUUUGUUUAUUUGGUUUAUAGUGAGGUAUCUUCUUCGUGGGAGUGACAGACCAGAAUAUGUCUUGAGGUCAUCCACUGGGCAGUUCUGGGGUAAAGAUCUUGCCCUGGAUGAGAAAAGUGAUGUGAAUGCACUGAAACCAGAUGGUGGCGAAAACUCGGGAGUGCCACAGGCAAAUCACAAGGCUGAGGUAGAGGAGAUGCCAAAUGAUUUACAAGCAGAGGUGCCGAGUGAGAAUAAGGAUGCACAGCGCAUAGUGCACUUAGAUCUAAAAGGCGCCGCACCAAAAGUGAAAUAUCUGGAACAGAUCUUCCCUCUGUUCGCUUCUCUUGGAGCAAGUGGAGUUCUGAUUGAGUAUGAAGAUAUGUUUCCAUAUGAUGGGGACCUUAGUCUGCUAAGCUCCUCAUUUGCAUACAGCGUGGAGGACAUUAUGGAAAUAAAUAGACUAGCCAAGAUCAGUAACCUUGAGGUUAUUCCCCUCGUCCAAGCAUUCGGACACCUUGAGUUUGUUCUGAAGCAUGAAAAAUAUUUCGGUUUGAGGGAGGUGGCAGAACUGCCCAACAGCCUGAAUCCGCGUGUUCCUGACUCUCUAGCACUGCUGAAGGAAAUGCUGACACAGGUCAUGAAGUUGCAUCCACAGACUCAGUACUUCCACAUUGGAUGCGAUGAGGUGUAUGGUCUAGGCACGAGCCAGGACUCUAAGACCAGUGAUGGGGAGCUUGGGAAGCUGUAUCUCAGUCACGUUACUGCCGUGGGGAAGUUCAUGACGGAGACAUGGCCCAGCGUGAAACUGCUUUUGUGGGAUGACAUGCUGAGAAAGAUCAGUGUUGAUACAUUGAAAGAAUCAGGUUUGCCAAUACUAGUAACUCCAGUAGUUUGGAAAUAUUUGCCACAACUGGACAUCAAAAUGAUAAGCAGCUGGAUAUCUAGGUACGAGCAAGCAGGGUUCAAGCGUAUGUGGUUUGCAAGUGCAUUCAAAGGGGCAACAGGAGAGGACCAGAUGUGGACACCAUUGGGAGCCUACCUACACAACCACGGGUCUUGGCUGGAGAUUAUCUCUUCCCUGGGCAACUACCCUCAGAUAACUCUAGAGGGCAUAAUGCUAACUGGCUGGCAAAGGUAUGAUCACUUCUCUGUCCUGUGCGAGCUGCUCCCAGUAGCUAUCCCUUCCCUAGCUGUGUGUCUCCAGACUCUGAAGCACGGUUAUUUCAAUGAGAAGGCACAAGCAGAGGUUCAGCAUAUCUUGGGCUGUAAAGUAAAAGUGGACAAAGACCUAUGUUAUGGCACUGGUGCCUUUGCUGGAGUUGAGCUUUACCACCUGGUGCACACUGUCCAUAUUAAUUUCCAAACAUCCAUGGAAGACCUCUUGAAGAAUAGACACCUAAGGGGUGGUUUUAGUCCCUAUCAUCGCAAGUACAACUUUGGAAAUCCACGGAAUCUAGGCUUCUUCCAACAUAAGCUUACAAGGACACUGAAGGAAUGGGAGACUGUGAUAGGGAACCUCCGCUCUGAAAUGCAAUCCAUCUACUUUCCAGACACGAUUGAGGAGUGGUUGGAAGAGAAUGUGAACCCCCAUCUGGACAGGGUCCGUGAAGUACUGCAAGAUGUCCAACGCGUCAUUCAACUCCGUGGCCGCCCCAAAUCCCAAAAGCUUGUUUAGGAUGUAUCUCACAAGCGGGAAAAGAAACUUUGAACUGGAUUGCACUGUUUAAAAUAAACUGAUUCAUAGCUUCAAAAGCUACAAGUGGACAGAGGAUUGUCUUACAAGAAACCGUGCCAUAUUGAGCGUUUUUUUUUUUUUUAAAUCAGAGCCUUAUCCAAAAUGUCUAUUUUUAUCUUUUUUUUAACAUGUUGCUCACACAAAAAUAAUUGCUGAUUAAAUAAGGGUUGUGCUAAACUUCCGUAUUCCCUGGCAUGAAGGCCCUGAGUGGUCUGUAGAGGUUUGCUGUAGCUGUAAAUUGUAGUUUUGUCUUGUAGUGCUAAAUAAAGUAAUUUCUGUACAUAGCAAUGGGUAAGUCCCAAAUAAACAAACAUUUGUACACAGGCACUUUAUUACCAGGGGGUGCAAUCUAGAAAGUGAGUUUUAGUAUUUCCUCAGGUUUUCUGUUGCCGAAUCGAAAGUGUAGUAGUCACUAUGGGAAAUAUGCUGUAAAGUCUGUAAAAUCUGAGGGAAAUGGAAGAUUUCCUCAACAGCUUGAAUCCGAGUAUAUCUGGCUCUCUGGCAGUGGUGCAGGAGAUGGUCAGACAGGUCAUGAAGCGGCACAAACGUGCAAAGUACUUCCACAUUGGAUGCCAUGAGGUCAGCUGGGACAGAGCUUACAAAAUCCUUACAAAGCAACAGGCUAACGGGCUAAUUCAAAUGCCAUUUGGUAUGGAUGCACUCAAAAGCCUAGUCCAUCUGAUCUGGUCAUGGAGUCGCUUGUGAUAUUUUCAUUAUUUGUUCACAUUUAGUAAAAAAUUACAUGCAUUUAUUGGAAUAUUUUGGGGUUUUGUGUGUGUGUGCAUGUGUUUGUGAGAGAGAGAGAGAGAGAGAAAGAGAGAGAGAGUGGUAGACAGAGAGAGAUCAUUAAUUUAGGAGAGAUGCUGAAAUCGACUUGUAUGGCCAUAACAAUCAACAUUAUUUGACUCAUCUGUGAGUGUUCAUGAUAUUUUGGCAAAGUAUGUUCUCCAUAGCAACUUUGUAGGGUGGCACCUUAGAGAGUGAUCAGUGUUAAUUAAUAAUGUUAAUUGUGUGUUGCAAGAAGCAUUAUGUAAAAUUGAAAAACAGAAAAGGUGUUUGUAGUUUUGCAGACCUGAUGUGUUUUGAGCUUUGCAUGUCAGGUUUCAGAAAUGUUGCUCAGUGUGCUAUAUUAGGGUGUAAACAAUUAUAAAAAAAACCUCUUUACAGGAGUUUCUAUGUGAAAUACAAGGUCUAAGGUCACAUUAAAGAUAUGUGCUGCAUGUUCUCAUGUGAAGCCAUACGCAUGGUUUGCUUUGACGUCUGUCGAUAAUUACUCAUUAUUGGAGUUGCAUCAGUUGGACACACAGGCAACCGUGUGUUUGUUGAAAUAAAAAACAAAACAAUCCAAUACCA